UAUCAGCCGGCAAAGAAAUGUCAAAAUCAAGUCAAAUACAAACAUCAAAAGAAAUUUUAAUUCUGUAGAACACAACAGACACGAUAUUUUCCGCUUUUCUGGCUUUUCUGUGGUUUUCAUACGGAUUUUCCUGUGUAAUUCACAUUCGCCAUCGAUUUUCUAGUGAAUAAUUGAUGACUGUGGCUGGUAGUUAUUCCCGCUUGUGAAAACAGUCCACAACAAUGAGUGCCAAGAAAGAGCCAGAGACGGUCGGUUUCUGGUUGCCGAACCAGUGCAGCACCGCCCCAAAGAUGGAUAUUCUGACGCCGCACAAGCUGGCUGUGGUAUUUUUGAUCCAGGAAUAUUUGUCGUUGAAAAAGCCGGCAGAGAAAGCUCCGAAGCCGGACUUUACGGCCCGCGACCGGCGAAAGUUCUGCCUCCUACUGCUCAAACUGAUUCAGUACCCAGACAUGGCGUACAAAGACUUGUAUGGGUUGCUCACCUCGCCGCAGUACGGAAUCCAUCGGGCCCAUUUGGAGGAGUUUGAGAAGCUGAUGAGGAUGUUGAAGACCGUUGGAAUCGAGAUUCUGUUUGAUUUGUACACCGUAAUAGAAAAACUAACUACGGACAAUGCAAAUAGUUACCAGAUUGGAAUUGUUGGACUUUAUUUGCGUCGUGUUUUCGUCACGCUGGACAAGAUGAAUUUCCCGGAAUUUAUGGCUCUUUAUCGGAAUGCAGUUGCCUAUUACGAAAAAGGCGUGAGGGCAGUGCAGAUUUCUAGCAGUGCGUUCUCAAAUAGUGAAAGUUUCAUGAAACUGGAAGCUCAAGCAGUUUACAAGGAUCGGAAUUCGAGUUCCAAGUGGUCCACGAAGCAAGCAGAGCUGUUUGUUGCGCAGCAAAGUACGCUGCUACAGAGCAAUGAGAUGGAUGCUCUGCAACCCAAGGAAAUGCAAACAAGACUGAACGAGAUCGUCCAUGACCAUCCGUUGUAUUCGCAAGCAUACUUCCUUAGUUAUUUGAACAGUACCCGUGUAAGGGAUUUCUUCAAUGCCGUCGAUGCCCUUCAUCGUUCGUUCGAUAGGAGUACAUUGAACUCGAUGGCUCUAGCUCAGGACAGCAAGGAAUAUCAGUACUCCGCGUUGAACUUGGCAAUUCUUCAUGCGCAGUUUAAUCAUAACGAGGAAGCUCUUGCAAGCCUUCGAGAGUGUAUUAUGCUUGCCCAGGAGAAUAGCGAUAAAAUCUGUCUGCAGUUAGCGCAUGCCUGGCUUUGUCUUCUAGAUUCCAGCAAACCUCAUUUCUCCGAGAAAAAUAUAGCCAAUAAGGAACUGAUCACGUUGGUACAUUCUAUUUCGCUAGGAAUCCAAUCAUUGGUCAAAUCAUCUGCUGCAACGGGAUACACUCCGGCCAAAUUGUUUGAAGUACUUCUUAAAAGUGACAUCCUCAAUUGUCAAACAUCUAUGAUAGAUCUGAUCGCCAACGGAAUAUCGGAGCGUGCUGCCCUCUGGGCCAUGUACGGCAAAAAUGAAGUAUCUUCGCUUUGCUCGCAGUUGUUGCUAAAUUCAGACCUGAAAUCUUUGGGAAAAACGUAUAAUGGAGAAGGAAUCUGCCAGAGCCUUUGCUCCUUGAUUAUCUGGUUGGCCCUUCAAGGCGAGUUUCAUCUUGCACUGAUCGUAUUAAAACAUACUAGAGGGAGAUUCCCUCGAUAUCCAUUGUCCAGAUCAUGGAUGAUCGUGGAUCACUACAUCAGUUCGAUGCAGGCAAUCUUUCGAGGAGAGUGGACUGAUGCCAGUAAUGCUUGCUACCAACUGUAUACCUUAGAUAAGCACUUGUCUCUGCUACAGCGGGCACGUUUAGCAUUAGCUCGUCUGAACGUAAAUUCUGCUGAUCUGCUGCUCCGUAAGCUGUUGAAUGAUGAGACUAUUGAGCCGCUAACCCGUACUAGGGCUCUUAUCUUGAAUGCCCACCUCCUUACUAUAUCCACAGCUACGACCAAAAUGGAGGUUGUCAACGUUCUAAAUGAAGCCCUCGCCAUUGCCAACAAAAAUUACUUGGAUUACGAAAAAGCGAUCAUCGAAAUGCACUUCACGCACAUUCUGCUGACAAUGAAGCUGCCACACCAAGCCCUCAAAUCAAUCCGCACAUGUCUGGAGAACAUCCUCGCCAAUGGUGGCAUCUAUGAUAGGGCAAAAGUGCUGUUCCUUUUCGUAAAAUGUAUUCUGGCGGUAGAGCAGACACCGGCGAACAAGCUUGCAAAAAUAGGCAAAUGUCUACCCAUGCUGGAGCAAGCGGUUCAACAUUUCCAGAAGUUGGAAUGCUACGUCAAGGUGAAGGAUGUCUACAUAUUUCUGGCCACGUUCUACAAUGAAAUGGACAUGCACGAGGAACGCAACAAGUACGCCUACAAGUUUCGGCAAGUCGAGGAGCAGUACCCGACUGCACGUGAGUAUUUGGGACUGUUUUUCUAAUAUAAUGUACAAAAAUGAUUUCCUUACAAGAACUGGGUCAGAGGUUAUUUAGUCCGAACACACCAUUUUUCUUUUUUUUUUUGCUCACCUUGGGCGAAACGCGAACACUCGUCACUCCAUA